AUGAACAUUAUUAAGCGUCCUUGUCUUGGUCACUUUGUAAAGCGGAUUGAGUAUGUGCACAGACCUAAAGGUGCGCAUGAAUACCCGGGUUUUCCGUAUCAACGCGAUUUGAGCGCAGACGAUAUGCGUCUUCUCAGACGUGCGGUGGAAAAUGCUGGUUUUCAGGGGGACAAGGAAGACAAAAUCAUCAAUAUGCUUAUGCAAAACGAACUAUACCAGAACAGGGGCUUUGACGGAUGUAGUUUCCAGAACUUCGACAUUAGACCCACCUUCAUCACACAAGCUAUUGCCGCCAUUCUUGUGUCUAUGUCACCCAAUCUUGAGACCAUGGCAAUGACACAGCCUUUCGACUACUAUCACGAGCUUGAAGAAGGGAAGGAAUGGAGCAAAGAAUUCCCGCUCGUUCAAGUUUUCCAAUAUGCCAAUUCCCGCAAGGGAACUCACUUCCUUCAGAAACUGCGCGAAGUCUAUUUGAUCAACAGAAGUCAACAUUACAGUGAUGACCGGUUCUAUGCCCAGACAGAUCUGAUUGCCUGCCUCGAGUUGUUCAAUCAACUUCCCUCCAUUGACUCAAUUGGCAUUGAUGCUCUUGAGUGGGACGAAAACAACGGGAAGAUGAGCUGUGAGGACGCAAGCUCGAAUAUCAGCAAAAUCAAAAUCGGCCACUCCUCUCUGUACUCAAGCUAUCUUUUAUGUGUGAUGAAAUCAAGCAAGAUCCUCACCGAAAUUCAAUAUAACACCGGGGGAAGGUCAACGUCAGACGGUGGACAUUCUCCGUUCAAUCCAAAAACCUUUAUCAAAGGGCUAUCAGCACACACAGAAACGCUGCAAGUUCUCGACAUGGAUACCGACGAAUUCAGUUCUCCCUACCCUGGUCAAUCAACAUCAAUGAGCUCUUUUACCGACUGGGAUGAAAUUGAUGGCCCCAAUGGUUUCGAGUUUGAAGCAUACGAACCCGAUGAAUUAGGUGAAGAUCACAGUGAUGUUAAGAUGCACCGAUACAUGACAUCGAUCUGGGACCGCAACGCUUCUUUGAAAGACUUUGUGGUAUUGAAAGAAUUGAGUAUGGGAAUUGGACUUUUGAUGUACUUCGCCCAGGGUGUGGAGAUUGAUGAUUCGAAAAGAGCAGAUAUCAGAGUAGUGGACUGUCUGCCGCAUAGCCUGGAGUAUUUGACCAUUCGAGGGUACGAGAAAGGAGCAAAUGAAGCCCAUGACAAGGAGGUAGCUGCUUUGAUGGCUCAAUUUGAGUCAGGGUCUUUGAGAUUGAAGGAGAUUAAGGGGGUUGAUAAGCUUAUUCCGAACGGAAAGGAUGUUGAAGAUCCGGAUAAUAAUGAUCAUUUGUUGUGGUCUUUGGACGAGGUGCAAGUGGGAUUCUCCGAAUACUAA